AUGUUAGCUCACCUCAGUCACGAAGAGUUCUUUGGCAAGUUGGCCGAGCUCUUCGAACAACGCAAGAGCAAGGGCCAUGGCUCGAUAUUCCUCGUCCAGAAAAGAUUAACCUACGGCCAAGAAACGUCCUUGACACCAUCCGGCGAUGGAUCCUUCUCCGACCUCCACCCCGCAAACCCGCUCCCUGUGAUUGUGCGCGCGACAAACGGCAAGUCGAAGAAACAUAGAGACGACAAGAUCAAGCUAUCGACAAUCGUUCAGCCCGAUGCGCUGGAAUCCUUCUACGCCAGCUACGCCGAGAUCUGCAAGGGGGGUAUGGCAGCACUUAAGCCCCGCGAUCGGAGUAAAAAGAAGGCCAAGGCCAGGAAGAAGAAGGGAGGUGCAGUCACGGCCGUCGCUACGGCCUGA